AUGUGUUCCAUGUGGAUUUUCUGCCUGGUCCUGAGCGCGGCGGGCACAGUUUGGACUGCAGAGACCGAUGAAGGUGAUUUUUUAGCUGCUGGAGGAGGUGCACGUGGCCCCAGACUUACGGAAAAACAGCAAUCUGCCUGCAAAGAGGCAGACUGGCCCUUCUGCGCUGAUGAAGACUGGAACCAAAAAUGCCCUUCCGGCUGCAGGAUGAAAGGGUUGAUUGAUGAAGUCAAUCAAGAUUUUACAAACAGAAUAAAUAAGCUCAAAAAUGGAUUCUUUGAUUAUCAGAAGAACAAUAAGGACUCUAGUUUACUCACCAGGAAUAUAAUGGAACUUGUGAGAGGGGAUUUUGCCAGCUCUAACCACAAUGAUAACACAUACAACCAAGUGUCAGAAGAUCUGAGAAGCAGACUUGAGACCCUGAAUCGCAAAGUCAUAGAACAUGUACAGCUUAUCCAACUUCUGCAGAAAAAUGUCAAGGCUCAGCUGGUAGAUAUGAAGCGACUGGAGGUGGACAUUGAUAUUAAGAUCCGAUCUUGCCAAGGGUCAUGCAGCAGGGCUGUAGCACGUGCGAUAGAUCUACAGGACUAUGAGGAUCAGCAGAAGCAAGUUGAACAUCUCAUUGCCAGAGACAUACUUCCGCCUAAAUAUAGACAACACUUACCACUGUUAAAGAUGAGCCCAUCUUUAGAUUUGGUUCCCAGAGAGUCCAAGAGCCAGCUUGAGGCAGCCCCUCCAGAGUUUAGGGCACUCAUGGAAAUGCGGCAGAUGAAAAUGGCGUUAGAGAGGUCUGGGACAGAUAAGAAUCUCCGAGGAGACUCUGCCUCUCGUGGAGCAGGAUCAGCACCUGAAAACCCCAGGAAACCUGUACCUGGUAGUAGUGGGAAUCCGAAACCUGGGAGCUCUGGAUCUGGUGGUGCUGGUACUUGGAACCAUGGAAGUUUUGGGCCUGAAAGGCCAGAUAGCACAGGGCAUGGGAACAUCAGUCCUGCCAACCCAGACUGGGGCGUAUUUUCAGAAUCUUCAGAACGUGUAAGUUCAGGGACAAAGAAAGAGUACCACCACACAGGUGAACUGGUCACUUCUGAAGGAGGUAAAGAGCUUCUGAUUGGUAAAGAGAGGGCUACCUCUGGUGGCCUAAUCUCCAGGCGCAGUUCAUGCUCUAAAACCAUUACUAAGAUUACUACAGGUGCUGAUGGGCGCAAAGAAAUGACCAAAGAAGUGGUCACCUCUGAGGAUGGUUCUGACUGUGGGGACGCAACUGGUUUAGAGUCGUUCCAUACUUCGACUAGGGGUAGCCUAGACGAAUUCCGUCGUAGGUUCCCUGAGGAUGCUGUUUUCUUUGACAUUGACUCAACUGGGAAAACAAUCCCAAGUUUGGGCUCAGCAUCUGACAUUUUCAGAGACUUAGAGGAAACCAGCUCUCACCACGUCAGCGGAACUCAUACCACCAAGAAAGGCCGAGCUAGAGCUCGCACUGCCAGAGACUGUGAUGAUGUCCUUCAAACACAUCCUUCAGGUGCCCAAAGUGGCCUUUUCAAUAUCAAGCUACCGGGAUCCAGUAAGAUUUUUUCAGUUUAUUGCGAUCAAGAGACCAGUUUGGGAGGAUGGCUUUUGAUCCAGCAAAGAAUGGAUGGAUCACUGAAUUUUAACCGGACGUGGCAAGACUACAAGAGAGGUUUUGGCAGCGUGAAUGACAAGGGGGAAGGAGAAUUCUGGCUAGGCAAUGAAUACCUCCACUUGCUAACCCUGAGGGGCUCUGUGCUUCGGGUUGAAUUAGAGGACUGGGCCGGGAACCUGGCUUAUGCAGAAUAUCACUUGAGGGUAGGCUCCGAGGCAGAAGGCUAUGCCCUGCAGGUCUCCUCCUACAAGGGCACGGCGGGCGAUGCUCUGAUUGAGGGUUCCGUGGAGGAAGGCACAGAGUACACUUCUCACAAUGGCAUGCAGUUCAGCACCUUUGACAGGGAUGCAGACCAGUGGGAAGAGAACUGUGCAGAAGUCUAUGGAGGAGGCUGGUGGUACAACAACUGCCAGGCAGCCAAUCUCAAUGGCAUCUAUUACCCUGGGGGCUUCUAUGACCCCCGGAACAACAGUCCUUAUGAGAUUGAGAAUGGAGUGGUCUGGGUCCCCUUCAAGGGAGCAGAUUAUUCCCUCCGGGCUGUCCGCAUGAAAAUCAGGCCCCUGGUGACCCAAUAA